ACAUAUCUCUUCAACUUGUGAUCUUGUGUCUUUGCAAUUCUUGAUUUUGAUGAAUGAAGUUUUGUAUGUAUCUCUUUUCUUGUUGCCAGUUGAAGAAACAUGAAUACAACAUCGACACAUUUUGUUCCACCGAGAAGGUUUGAAGUUUACGAGCCUCUCAACCAAAUCGGUAUGUGGGAAGAAAGCUUCAAGAACAAUGGAGGCAUGUAUACGCCUGGCUCUAUCAUAAUCCCGACAAACGAAAAACCAGACAGCUUGUCAGAGGAUACUUCUCAUGGGACAGAAGGAACUCCACACAAGUUUGACCAAGAGGCUUCCACAUCUAGACAUCCUGAUAAGAUACAGAGAAGGCUUGCACAGAAUCGGGAGGCAGCUAGGAAAAGUCGUUUGCGCAAGAAAGCUUAUGUUCAGCAGCUAGAGACAAGCCGGUUGAAACUGAUUCACUUAGAGCAAGAACUCGAUCAUGCUAGACAACAGGGUUUCUAUGUCGGGAAUGGAGUAGAUUCAAAUGCUCUUGGUUUCUCAGAUAACAUGAGCUCAGGGAUUGUUGCAUUUGAGAUGGAAUAUGGACAUUGGGUGGAAGAGCAGAACAGGCAAAUAAGCGAACUAAGAACAGUUUUACAUGGACAAGUUAGUGAUAUAGAGCUUCGUUCACUAGUCGAGAAUGCCAUGAAACAUUACUUUCAACUCUUCCGAAUGAAGUCAGCCGCUGCAAAAAUCGAUGUCUUCUACGUCAUGUCAGGAAUGUGGAAAACUUCAGCAGAGCGGUUUUUCUUGUGGAUAGGCGGAUUUAGACCCUCAGAGCUUCUCAAGGUUCUGUUACCGCAUUUUGAUCCCUUGACGGAUCAACAACUUUUGGAUGUAUGUAAUUUGAGACAAUCAUGUCAACAAGCGGAAGAUGCGUUAUCUCAAGGUAUGGAGAAACUGCAACAUACAUUAGCAGAGAGUGUAGCAGCCGGGAAACUUGGCGAAGGAAGUUAUAUUCCUCAAAUGACUUGUGCUAUGGAGAGAUUGGAGGCUUUGGUCAGCUUUGUAAAUCAAGCUGAUCAUCUGAGACAUGAGACAUUGCAACAGAUGCAUCGGAUCUUAACCACGCGACAAGCGGCUAGAGGUUUGUUAGCAUUAGGGGAGUAUUUCCAGCGGCUUCGAGCUUUGAGUUCGAGUUGGGCGGCUAGGCAACGUGAUCCAACGUAAUCAAGAUGCUUAGAUUUCAACAAAGGUUUGAUUGAGUCCUUAAGAAUCAAGAAUGGAGUUUUCU